CCUGCAGUACCUUCAGGGUAAUUUUGUAAAUAUACGUGCGUGUGUAAUUUUAUGAUUUUAUAUUCCUUCGAAUUUCACACAUUCUCCCGAAUUAAAUGCAGUCUGCACAGGAUGUCAUACUCAGUGUUGCACAAAGAAUUUUCAGCAACUGGAGCGCAUUGGAGAUGGCCGUGGCACAUGGGAUGGGAUCAAAGGAUAGUGCAAUUCAAUUCUGCCCUUGGAUAGCAGAAACACUGUUCAUGAAUGAGAACCCCUCGAAUAACGAGGUGGCAGAGGCCCUGGAAGACUACAUGGAAUCAGAAUUCCAGACAGAACUGGAGGAUGGAAGUGCGAUGCAAGUAGCUGAACAGCUGUUGAAAUUUCAUCGUUACUGCGUCGAGGGAAAUGAAGCUGUUGCAGUUACGGAAAUGGAAAAAUUGCCAUCCCUGAAGACGUGGAUACUGACACGUGAGGAAAUCAGACAACAGGGGAAUAAUAAACCAGUGGGAGGAGUUAAUGAACAGACGGAAUCUGAUAGUGAGGGGGAUGACGAGCGAAUGGAAGUGCCAGCUGAUGAUGAUUGGGUGGCUGUAAAAACUCGAAGGAAAAAAUAAACAUCCUGACAGUUGAAAAGUCUAAUCCAA